AAGUAUCAAAAGUUCUUUAUUUUGUGGCAUCAUUACUUCCACUAUGUUUUUUAGUAUGCUGAGAUCUGUUAUCUGACAUUGCCAAUUUUACCUAAUCUGAAGUUUUAAUGGACCUUGUUGCUUGAUCUCCUUACUUGAUGUUCACUUGGUAUGAUUUUGACCAUUGAUGCAGGCUUUGCUUUUCUAGCUUCGUUUUGGUGCCCUGUCUUGAAAUUUUCCAAGACUUGCAAAGAUGAGGAAGGAAAUUGCAGUUUCUACUGAUGUUGGAGAAUUUAGUGGUCGACUCACACGUGUUCGAGCAGCAGUGUUGCGUUCUUCUCGAGAGUUGCCUCAUCUAAGGCCACCUACGCAAUCAGAUCAGAAACGGGUUCUGCCAGCCAAUACGAAAAGAACAGCCUUAGACGAAAACGACACCAAUGCAGCUGAGAAUGCAAGUCAUCAUUCUAAGAAGAGAGCAGUGCUUCAGGAUGUUACCAAUGUUUGCUGCAAUAAUUCAUAUAGAAAGUGCUUUAAUGCAACCAAAAUACAGUCUAAGGGCAGUAAGCAGGCUAGAAAGGCACAUGCCAAUACAUCCAAAGUGGCCCCGGAUGAACCACCUCGAGUCCAGCCAACUGAAUCCAAGUUACAGAAAGAAGGCAUUCGAGAAACGGAAAUAGUAAAUCCUAAGUUAGAAGACGUUACACGCUCGGUUAGUGUUAGAGGAGAUCAUGCUCUUCCACUAGAUAGCAAAAAGGAUGACGGUGUCCAUUUCGACUGGCUUGCAAAUGACAAUUCCACAGUGCCUUUCCAACCACAGAAUCCUUUUAAAAACGUAGAGAAGGGUACCUUUUCUGGGACCUCAACAUCUAGUGACCCAGACUGUAAAGACAUUGACUCCGAUAAGGACCCUCAAUUCUGCAGUCUCUAUGCCACAGAAAUCUAUAGUAACUUGCGUGUUGCUGAGCUUCCUCGCCGGCCAUAUCCUAAUUUUAUGGAGACAAUACAGCAAGAUAUCACUAAAAGCAUGCGGGCAAUUUUGGUUGAUUGGCUUGUGGAGGUAUCUGAAGAAUAUAAGUUAGUCCCUGAUACACUGUACCUUACAGUGUAUCUAAUUGAUUGGUUUCUCUCUCAAAACUACAUAGAAAGAAAGAAACUUCAACUUCUUGGGAUCACCUGCAUGCUGAUAGCCUCCAAGUACGAAGAAAUAUGUGCACCUCGUGUAGAAGAAUUUUGCUUCAUCACAGACAACACUUACAUUCGAGAGGAGGUGCUAAAAAUGGAGAGUCAAGUAUUGAAGUGUUUCGGUUUUCAGCUAUUUGCGCCUACUGCAAAAACUUUUCUCAGGAGAUGUCUGAGAGCAGCACAAGCUUCUUACACGACCCCUAGUUUAGAACUGGAAUGCCUGGCAGAUUAUCUAGCAGAACUGACACUAGUCGAUUACGGUUUCUUAAAUUUCGCUCCUUCUAUGGUGGCUGCAUCAGCUGUGUUUCUUGCAAGAUGGACUCUGGAUCAAUCAUGUCAUCCAUGGGAUCCAACACUCGAACACUACACCGCGUACAAUGCAUCCGAUCUCAAAACCACGGUUGUCGCAUUGCAAGAUUUACAGUUGAACACCAACCGUUGUCCUCUAACCGCCAUCCGUGUGAAAUAUAGACAACAAAAGUUCAAAUCGGUGUCGGCCUUUACGUCUCCGAAACUGCUCGAAACACUGUUCUGAAAAAAAAAGGAAAAGGGCUACUUCCCUGUUAGUAGAUAACACUUAGAUUUCCAGGUGGAGUUUCCCUCUGAACUUUGCUUAAUAUCUGAUGUUCAUAUUCUGACAUCUUCAUUCACGUUCAUGCGAAUGCUUUUAGUAUUCCUCGAAAUCUUGUCCACAACAAACUCUCAUGUUUUGGUUCUUCCAAAACUGUAUCUUUGUAAGG